UAUUUAGUUACCUACCUAUAUGCAUUUACGGAAACUGAAGGUGCAUAUUAUUUUAAUACAAUUAUGUGCGCCAACGUCUGAUUAUAUUAAAAAUAAAUCUGGACAACGAGUACAUACGAUUUUAAAUUCCAGAUAUUGAAUAAAUUCAGGUGGUGGUCCAUUGGAGCUGCAUACGUUUUAUGAAAUACCCACGAUAUUUUUCCACGAGCAGUUGAACUAAAUUUUAAAUAUUAAAGGACAUGAGUUCGGAUAAAAAAAUAGAAAUUAUUGAAAAUGAAAGCGAUGAAAACUUACCAUUUGAUUUUUACGAUUUGGAUUACCCGACAAGAGUUAUUCCUUCCAAAAACUAUAAUAAUUCUUUUAUGGAAUCGAAAUCGGCAGUACGCGUUGCGUCGAAUACUAACAGAACUACUGCAUUGAACGAAUAUGACGUAGACGACGAAGAAGACUUCAUAAAAGUUUAUUUCGCGUCGGGGACAGUACUGAAACCAUCUGAUAAACCGUACGACCUGCGUUCAAAAAUCCACGAAGCAAACCGAGAACUGGAAAACGCCAGCGAGAGCAAAUUUGUGAACACCCCCGGAAAAGUCAAGUUUGACAACACUGUUGUGAUAUUGGACAGUUUUGAAGACAUUGGUACAGUGUCGAUCGGAACGGAAACACUUCAAGGUUCCGAAGUUGUUAUUUCCGAUGAUCCGAUUGAUGACCUCAAAGAUAAAGAAAUUUUGGCCAAAAUCGAUUUAUUACGAGAUGAUGAUGCAGACGACCAAAACGACGUGGUAUGCAGUUCGACUACCGAUAGGACACAGGACACUGACACAGAUGACAAAGCCUAUUCAAGCACUUCGUUCAGUAGGAGUUUUUCGUCCGAGUCUGACGACCCGUUGUUUAUAAACGUUAUAGAGUCUGGGGACGAGUUCAAGACUAUCAUGGACCGGAACAACAAGACGCGCCAAGGAUCGGCAAUUGAUGAGCACGUUACGUACUUCCCAGAACUGUUCACCCAUACGCAAUACAAGAUGUACGAAAAUUGUGCAGAAAAAACAGUGGGAGAUGGUGACGUCAACAUAUACGUGCCCAAGAAACUGGACGCGGAAGAACUGAGAAAUAAAUUGAAAGAAAUUACCGGAGAGCGUAAACGGGCAAUGCAGAUAGCAGGGGUGACGAAUGAAAAGAAAGUCGACUUCAAACCUACGAAAAAAGUCGGUUGUUUUGCAUCGCUGCGGAACGCACAAAAAUCAAUCAAACAAAUAAAAACAUCCGAAAAAAAGGUUAAAUCGUCGUCUGCACAGAUACGUGUACAGCAGCAGAUGGCCCACUGCGGCAAUGGUAACAACAACAACAACAACAACAACAAAAACAAUAUUAAUAAUAAUAAGGCUCGCGUGACAUAUUACUUUGAAAUGGACCCGAAAGGUAAGCUCAAACCAUUAAGCAAUAAGAACAGUGUGGCGACUGUUAACGAAAUGAGUUCUUCAAAUAGCUGCAAUGACAAGUCUACGAAUAAAUUCUUCCACAUAAAUUUAAGGGCAGCGAAAAAUGGAGAAAACGUUAAGCCCCGGAUCACUAAAACACCGAACGCAGAUUUGUUUCUGGAAUUUCAGACAGACAAAUCUGGCAACAAUAAGGGGGCGAAGUUAGUGAUAAAAAAAAAGCCCACACCCGAGGUAGAAGUGCAACACAGUCCGACGAAUCACAGUGAUGGAGGUGCUAUCAAGAAGUCCUCGGCCGCUGGCUGCGGUGAACGUCCUCGGUUACCGGGUUACAACGGCCUUAGAUCCGAGUACGGGCUGUCGGCUGAACAGCUAUUGGAGAGGCGCAAUGCAAGAAUGGAACGUGAGAGGCGGAGGAAAGAGUUAAGGCAAAAGAAACACGAAGAAGAACAAAAGAAAAGGGCAGAAAACGAAAAAAAUUUCUAUAAAUGGCUGCAACAGAAGAAGCAGUUGAAAAAACACGCAAAAACCAUCAGACGUAGCUAUCCUAUGAACAAACUGACAGUGUCUUCCGCAAGAGUUUCCAUAAAUUCAACUCACGAUGGAGAUCAACGCAAAGGAUCGUUUGCUCUGGAAGAAUUAUUAAAGAUCAAGGAUGAGAAUAGUGGAUGGUUUAAAUUUUAAAUAAAAAAUCGUUAUUUUCUUUAUUGUAUAAAAGUUGUUUAAAUUUAAUCAGUUACUACUUAUCAAAGUAAUUGCAGGUACGCAGUAAUCGUAAUAAGUACAUAUUAUUCAAUAUAGAUUACAUAUAGGUGUAUCUAAAUGAGAUAUUCUCAAUUUAAAAACUAUGACUUACUACUUAAAAUAAAAUACUCAAUUAUUAAUUUUAUAAAUGGCCAAGUAAUUUCAAUGUUCACAUUUAUUACAUUUAAUAUUUCUAAAAUAUACCUAUAUAUUUAUUAAUUCGGUGUGAUUUUCACUUAUAGUUGUGAUGAUGUUAAUAAUAGCGCAGUUCUAUAGACUUUUUACUUAUAGACGUUACGUGGAUUGGCUACAUUGAAUUACUAUUACAAUUAAACUAUAUUAUAUAGUAUUAUAUCACUGCCCACAACUUACUGGUAAUUAUGUAUUCUUCCAUUUUGUCAAUUUUUUACUCGAAUAUUGAUAUUCUACAUUUUUUUAUCUCCACUUUUGAUCUAAUUUAAAUUUAUAUAUUCGUAUCGAUUAAAUAAAAAUUAUAGUAAUGCCCAUUA